AUGGACACCCAGAAAGACGUUCAACCCCCGAAGCAGCAGCCAAUGAUAUAUAUUUGUGGAGACUGUCACACCGAAAAUGAAAUAAAAUCCAGGGAUCCAAUCAGAUGCAGAGAGUGUGGAUACAGAAUAAUGUACAAGAAAAGGACUAAGAGACGUAUCCUUCUAGCUACGCGCUCGCGCUCUGAAGGCGAACAGGAGGAGCUAGUGCUUGGGUUGAUAAAGACUAAGUUCUGA